AUGGAUAGCUCCGAAGUCCACCAAACCACCGUCGUUGACGAGACCCUUCCCGACGCCCCCUACAACAACGAUGCUGACCAGGAUGAGAUGGAUAUUACUCCCAAGACCGAAGAGGAGUAUGCGCAGUCCCAGUUGACCCUGCGUGCUAUCGUCUCCUCCAAAGAAGCUGGUGUCAUCAUUGGAAAGGCCGGCAAGAAUGUCGCUGAUUUGCGCGAAGAAACUGGUGUCAAGGCCGGUGUGAGCAAGGUCGUUCCUGGUGUUCAUGACCGCGUCUUGACCGUCACCGGUCCUCUCUCAGGCACAGCUCGGGCCUACGCGAUCGUGGCCAAGGGUCUGCUCGAGGGUGCCCCGCAGAUGGGCAUGGGAGGUGUUGCCUCUAACAAUGGAACCCACCCUGUCCGACUUUUGAUCUCCCACAACCAGAUGGGUACCAUCAUCGGGCGCCAAGGCUUGAAGAUCAAGCAUAUCCAGGAUGCAUCCGGCGUGCGCAUGGUCGCCCAGAAGGAAAUGCUCCCUCAAUCCACAGAGCGAAUUGUCGAAGUUCAGGGUACCCCAGAGGGUAUUGAAAAGGCCGCAUGGGAGAUUGGAAAGUGCCUCAUCGAUGACUACCUGCGUGGUCAAGGUACUGUGCUCUACAACCCCGCCGUUCGCUCGUCCGUUGGCUCCCCACCAGCCACUACCACCAACAACAACUCGGUUGGAGGCAGCAAUGGCUACCCUAGCCGCCAGUAUAACCGUACUGGAAACGGCAAUGACUUUAGCGACAACGGUGGUUACAACCGUCGUUCCAACUCGGACGCCGGCAGCCGCGGAUACCCUCUCGUCACUGAGGAUGGCGAAGAAAUUCUGACUCAGAAUAUCAGCAUUCCCGCAGACAUGGUCGGUUGCAUUAUUGGCCGCGGUGGAGUGAAGAUCACUGAGAUCCGUCGGAGCUCUGGAGCCCGUAUCUCGAUCGCCAAGGUUCCUCAUGAUGAAUCUGGCGAGCGCAUGUUCACGAUCAUGGGCAGCUCUCAAUCCAACGAGAAGGCCUUGUAUCUUCUCUACGAGAACCUCGAGGCUGAGAAGACUCGUCGUGGAGUAUCCAACGACGAGUAA